CAUGACAGUCUUGCCAAACAGUUGGCUGCGGAGAAAAAAAUUGUGGAAGAAAAGGAUCAACUAAUGAAGGAAAACCAACUGGAGUUGAACAGGAUGGUGGAGGAAAAGCACCUGGUACAAAACAACCUUCAGAAGUCUGCAGAGGACAUCUCCCAGCAGUUGGCAGAAGUCAGCAGUUUCAACUCAAAAUUGGAAAAACAGAAAGAGGAUUUAGAGGCCCGAAUACGCAGCCUUGAAGAAGCAAAAACACAGCUGGAAUCUGACCUGGACAUCAAAGUCUCUGAACUGACCACUGUCAGCAGUCAACUGCAGGACACCAGAGAGCAGGCAAGGGAGAAAGAACAGGAGCUUACCGAAACAAAUGAUACUCUGAAGAUGCAGCUCGACCAACUAGCAGAAACAGAAUCAGACAGGGACCGUCUCCAGGCAGAGCUGGACAAACAAGUGAACAUACUGACUGACAAAUGUAACCAGCUGGAGAUAGAGAAGGAGGAACUUGAGGCCAAACUCAGGGCUGACAUUGACAGCUUGAGGAAUCAGAUAUUGAGUCAGACUAUCAGGGAGGCUACUGCCAUGCUUGAAGAUGCCAUCGAGCAGGGAGAUAAUCCUGCUUAUGCUUCGAGCACUUGCACAGCAGAGUAUCUUAUAUCGCGGGCAGCUCCAGUUCUUUCUUGUCUGUCCAGGCUCAAUAAUUGUGCCUCUGCUUAUAGUGCAGAUAGAGCAGAGUUGGAGGCAGUGAUUACUGCAGUCACAGACUUUGCCCAUCACCUGUCUGAUUGUGUUGUCCAAGGCUUUGCUACAUCUCAUGCUGCUCAGAUAGAACCAGGAGAAGAGGAUGAACUGGAGUCCAAACUGAGAGAUGUUGGGGAAAGCGUGGAGUAUCUGAUGAAACUGGCCGAGGCCCUGAUUCCCAGGAUGGAGGAUGUCAAGGCAGAGGAGAUCGGUGACCUUUUGGAGAAUGAACUGCAGGGCAUGGCCUCUGCAAUUGAGUCUGCAGCUGCUAAAAUUCAGGAAAUGUUACAUAAAACACGAGAAGAUAACACAGGAGUCAAGUUGGAAGUCAAUGAGAAUAUACUGGCUUCAUGUACGGAGUUAAUGAAGGCAAUCAAAAUUUUGGUGGAGAAGUCCAGAGAUUUACAGAAAGAAAUUGUGUCAUCUGGCAGGGGAACUGCCUCCGCCAAGGAGUUCUACAAGAGAAACCACAGAUGGACAGAAGGGCUACUGUCUGCAGCUAAAGCUGUAGGUUGGGGAGCAACUACAUUGCUAGACACGGCUGACAGGGUCGUCAGCGGUAAAGGCAAAUUUGAGGAAAUCAUGGCCGUUGCACAUGAAAUUGCCGCUAGUACAGCCCAGUUGGUUGUUUCUUCAAAAGUCAAGGCAGAAAGGGAAAGUAAAAAUCUGGCAGCUCUUUCAUCAGCCUCUAAGGGUGUCAAUCAGGCAACAGCUAAUGUGGUGGCCUCAGCCAAAUCAGCAGCUCAGAUUGUUGAAGAUCAGAAUCUCAUGGACUUCUCGUCUAUGUCCCUACAUCAGACAAAAAAACUUGAGAUGCAAUGUCAGAUUCGCGUCAUGGAGCUCGAGUCUAACUUGGAGAAAGAAAGGAGGAAACUCGGAGAGCUGAGAAAGCAACACUACAGUUUAGCCGGAGAGGCAGAAGGAUGGGAAGUCAAUGAG